AUGAAAACAAGAUAUACGACGGCGGACAUCCGGGCUGCUAUUGCCGAGAUAAACGCCAAUUUCAUGGGCAUGAGGGUGAACAACGUGUACGACAUAGACAACAAGACGUACCUCAUCCGGCUACAAAAGCCUGACAGCAAAGCCAUUAUCCUGCUGGAAUCCGGCAUCCGAAUCCACUCCACAGACUUCGAAUGGCCCAAGAAUAUGAUGCCUUCAGGCUUUGCUAUGAAAUGUCGCAAGCACCUGAAGACACGACGACUAACGUAUGUAAAGCAGCUCGGCAUCGACAGAAUCGUUGACCUCCAGUUUGGCUCCGAGGAGGCCGCGUACCACCUCAUUGUGGAACUCUACGACCGGGGUAACGUCAUUCUCACAGACCACGAGUACACCAUCCUCAACCUGCUGCGUUUCCGCAACGCCGAGGCCGAAGACGUCAAGAUCGCCGUGAGGGAACGCUACCCCGUGGAGAACGCCAGACCCCCAGAACCCCUCAUCUCGUUGGAACGACUCACUGAAAUCAUCAGCAAAACACCAAAUGGAGAGCAAGUGAAAAGAGUGCUGAACCCACAUCUUACUUAUGGAGCUACUCUCAUAGAGCACUGUUUCAUAGAAGCUGGACUGUCAGGCUCAAUGAAAGUUGACAGUCAAGUUGAUGCUUCCCAAGUUGCACCGAAAAUCCUGGAAGCCUUGCAAAUGGCUGAGAUGUACAUGGAGAAAACGGAUAACUUUAGUGGCAAAGGCUACAUCAUUCAAAAAAGUGAAAAGAAAGCAAGUUUAACUCCUGGGAAAGCCAGCGAAGAGCUUCUCACCUAUGACGAAUUCCACCCGUUCCUCUUUGCUCAGCAUUUAAAAAGUCCCUACCUGGAGUUUGAGUCCUUCAACAAGGCGGUGGAUGAGUUCUUCUCCAAGAUGGAGAGCCAGAAGAUCGACAUGAAGGCUUUGCAGCAAGAAAAACAGGCCUUAAAGAAGCUGGAGAACGUCAAGAGGGACCACGAGCAGCGGCUGGAGGCCUUGCAUCAAGUUCAGGAAGUUGACCGUGUGAAAGGCGAGCUAGUAGAGAUGAACUUGGCCGUGGUGGAGAGGGCGUUGCAGGUGAUCCGGAGCGCGCUGGCCAACCAGGUGGACUGGACCGAGAUCGGCGUGCUGGUCAAAGAGGCGCAGGCCGCCGGCGACCCUGUGGCAUGCGCCAUCAAAGACCUCAAGCUACAGACUAACCACAUCACCAUGCUUUUAAAGAAUCCUUACAUAGCUGAGGAGGAAGAGGAAGAGCUGGAUGAAGCUUCGAAAGAGGCCGUGCAACAGAAGAGCAAGAAAAACAAAAAUAAAGACAAAGGUCAGAACAAGAAGCUGCAGAAGAACAAGCCCAUGCUGGUAGAUGUAGAUCUCAGCCUUUCAGCCUACGCCAACGCCAAAAAGUACUAUGACUGCAAACGGAGUGCUGAAAAAAAAGAACAGAAAACCAUCCAAGCAGCAGAUAAGGCCAUGAAAUCGGCAGAGAAAAAAACCCAGCAAACCCUAAAAGAGGUCCAGACAGUGACCACCAUUCAGAAGGCUAGGAAAGUUUACUGGUUUGAAAAGUUCCUUUGGUUCAUCACGUCAGAGAACUACCUUGUCAUCGCCGGGCGGGACCAGCAGCAGAACGAAAUGAUCGUCAAGCGAUACCUACGGGCCGGUGACAUAUACGUCCACGCUGACCUCCACGGUGCCACCAGCUGCGUCAUCAAAAAUCCCUCAGGUCUUCCUAUCCCCCCUCGCACUCUAACUGAGGCAGGUACGAUGUCAGUGUGCUACAGUGCCGCUUGGGAUGCCAAGAUAGUCACUAGCGCUUGGUGGGUCCAUCAUCAUCAGGUGUCCAAGACUGCACCUACAGGAGAGUACCUGACCACCGGAAGCUUCAUGAUACGAGGAAAGAAAAACUACCUGCCGCCUUCCUACUUGAUUAUGGGCUUCGGCUUCCUCUUUAAGGUAGACGAGCACAGCGUGUUCCGCCACAAAGGCGAGCGCAAGGUGAGGACGGUGGAGGAAGACGUGGAGGAAAUGGCGUCCAGAACGGCCGAGUUGUUGGAGGAAGGAGAGGAGCUCAUUGGCGAGGAUAGCAGUGGAGAGGAUAAGAAAGAGGAAAUCCAGGCUGAAAACGGCGAUGAAAAACAAGCAGAGGGGACGGCGGACUCUGACAGCGAAGAUGAAGUCGACGAGAAGACGACGAAAGAGGAACCCAGCGUGGGAUUGAGUUACCCGGACACCACCAUCACUCUUACUCACCUUCAACCCAACAGGAGCUCCAAGAACGUCACAGUCAACAAAGAAGACGCAACUCAGGAUGACGGCGACACGCAAGGGCGGAAGCACAUGACGGCGAAACAGAGAAGAGAUGAGAAGAAGAAGAAGCACAAACAGGAAGUAAGCGAACCAGAAGAGAAGACUGAGGUUGUGCCCGCAGAACAAGAAGUGGACAAAGGAUCCAAAAGUGGUGGCGGAGCAUCCCAGCAGCCACUCAAGAGAGGCCAGAAGAACAAGCUAAAGAAAAUCAAGAAGUACAAGGACCAGGAUGAAGAAGAUCGGGAGCUCAUGAUGCAGCUGCUCGGGUCGGCCGGCACGAACAAGGAGGAGAAGGACAAAGGAAAGAAAGGAAAAAAAGGGAAGGGUAACGAGGAGCCCUCUAAAAAGCCGCCAGUUCAGAAGCCCCCUCCCAAACCUCGACAAGUGGUGACCAACGCCAAGAAACCGGAGCAGACUGCCGUAGAGGGUGAGGAGGCGGCUCCUGCAGAGCUCGAUGAGAAGGACGACGACGCGGAUCCGGACAACCCCGGUGCAGAGGAAGCUGAAAACCUUCUCACCUCACUGACGGGCCAACCUCACCCAGAAGACACGCUGAUGUUUGCGGUGCCGGUGUGCGCCCCAUACAGCGCGCUCUCCAACUGCAAGCACAAAGUGAAACUGACGCCAGGCUCUCAAAAGAAAGGCAAAGCCGCCCGUACGGCACUUUUGAGCUUCAUGAAAUCCAAGGAGGCUUCGGUGAGAGAAAAGGACUUGCUACGCAGCGUCAAGGACGCCGACCUGUCCAGAAACAUGCCUGGCAAAGUCAAAGUGUCUGCUCCUAACCUGCUGGCUGCCAAGAGGAAAUAA